CGCCGUACUCUCUGCGUUCGCGUCAGGGUCUCUCAAUUCGCGUCCGCCACUCGACACGGUGGUACGAGACCGUUGUAACCGUCCCUCGAAUCGUCUGUCGCCUGCUGCGCGAUAUAUAAUCUCGUUGUCGCGGGGAGCCGCGAGUGACGUUUCUCGCUUGUCAAAAUCGCACGUCGUGACAGCGUCUUCCUUAUCCUCGGGUGGACUCGAGCCGUGAAAGACACUGAGCUACGUCAUACAAGGCACUACCGUGGUGGGGUUGGAGUCUCGAGAUAAGCGGUAGUGGUAGUGAUGUGAACAUUCGUGAGGCGGACUGGUCGGCAGGCCAAGGGAGCGGUACGGGAGAGAAGUCGAGUGGCGCGACGAGAGGCGGAGCGAGAGCGGAGGAAACGGCGCGGCGCGGUUUCGGCUUCUCGACAUCGGCUUUGGAAAUGGCCGCGGGAAAGUAGAGAGCGGAGCGGUUUGUCGCUGGCUGGUCGGUCGGUUGGGUGGCCGGGUUGGAUCGAGUCGGUCGGCCGAGGUUCGAGUUUUUGGAGCAUCGCGCGCUCGCUUCCAUCCCGGCGCAUCGGACGGACGCGCGCGCGCGCGCGCGCGAGAUCGAUUCACGCAUCCGGACGAUCUUGGAGGGACCAGCGUGAGAUGUAACGUAAGAGCGGUGCCCGUGUGUGUGUCACGACGACGACCCGAGAAGGCAACGGGAAUUUGUACGCGAGGGACGGAAUAAUUGGAGAAACGUUUGAUAGCGGGACAGGAUGGCCGGCGACGACGGGACGACGAUGAACAAUGAGAUUCUGGGCGCCCGGGGUGGCGCGGAGGAGGGGCAGGAUACGUCAACGCGCGGGGAGCUGCAUUCCAGAGUGGGCGGCAUUCUGGAAUGCGAUCCCCCCGGUAACAGGAAUUCGUCGAACGAGCGAGCUGCCGCCGACGACAGCGAAGACGGUGUCUGCCGAUAUGCGGUCGGCGCUGCCAAUCGCGCUAUGUCUUUCUUUGAAAUGUGUCAGAUUCGACUUCAACAUCUCUUCCCACAAUUGGGCCCACUACCACGAUACAACAUUCACGACGAUUCUAUAGAAUCUGCCGCAGGGAGUCUGGCCAAUGAUGUAAUGCGGUACUUGUUAAAAGAAGAUAUCUAUCUUAUAUCCCAGGAUCCAGUAUCUCGUAGCAUGAGGCACAAUGUAUAUCAAAUGCUCAACAAACAUAGCAUUCUCUUUACGAGUAUGGUAAAUCGUUUAAACGUUGUUCCGGAUACUGCGUAUGAAACAUUUAUGGGAGUUGCCAAUGAGCUGUUCUUACACGGCGUUAUUACAUGGGCCAGAAUUGUUUGCUUGUAUGCUUUUAUGGGCAGAUUAGCUUUAUGGGCCAGAGACAGAAGAAUGCACAGUCUCAAGAAGAAAUUGCCGCUAUAUGUUUCUAGAUAUGUUGGUGAAAAGAUAACACAUUUUAUUAAAGGCUAUGGUGGAUGGGAGCAAUUAUGCGUAGAAUAUCCUGUGGCUGAAGAAAUUAGCGGAGCAAUUUGGAGGAGUUUAUUAAUGACAGGAGCCACUCUUGGUGUAAUCGCUACAAUCUUGUCAGUGACUUCCUGAUGGAGCCUCGCAAGAUCAUGUGGUUUGAGUAUGUUUUGUCCAAGAAAUUAUCGCGUACUUAUGUUCCACGAGAACACGUUCGAAAGAGAAAUGUGAACAGAUUUUUUCUACAACAUACGUACAAUAUUACAACAUUUCACACGACAUUGGAACGAUUCGAUUCAAACGGAGAGUUUGCUACGUCUAAACGAGAAACGUACAAGAUUAACAAAAGAUAUUUCAACGCGUUGACGUACAUAAUUUUCAUAUCAACGUCACUCUGCUUAGAAACGUCCUACUUUUUAUAUAACUCCAGCCAGCAUAUAUAGCAUGAGCGACAGACAAUGACGCUAGUUUCCUAUUACAAUACCUUAUAACACAAACUAGUGAAAUUUAUAUAUGUAUAGUAAACAGAAUAUAUCUUAUUUAAUUUUAUAAUA